AUGAAUGGUCGUGAAGAUUACUCGGUCCCUAUGAGGCAAAUUGAUGACCCUCCGCCUGGAUUGUAUGGGAGCGAUUGGGAGGAGUUGGUACACCCAUUGGGGGGGACUUAUUUCUAUCACAAUAAAAAGAACACAUAUACAUCACUAAAUAUACGCCAUAUGGAUCGACAAAGGCUCGAAGAUUUUAUCGACGUAUCAAGAGCCACGGAGAAAGAAGAUGAGUGGGCAAGCGAAUGGAGGCAUAAGAGGUUUGAACUCGAGGCUCAGUAUUGGAGACACAUUGAAUUUUUUCCACACACAUUCCACAUGACAUGCUCCCAAGUUAGACGCACACACAGAGAAAUUCUUUGUUACCUUGGAGAAGCAACAACUUUGAACCAAUCUACUGCAGCUACGAUUUUCUGGACUCUAGACCAAAUGAGACAGGUUGACGUGCAACUUGCUAGUGUCGAAGCCCUUGCAGAAAACGAAAUCAUCGAGGAUACUGGUGUUGUGCUUUGUUGUAAAAUACUGUACAUGCUACGCCACUACCAGUAUCUGAACUGCCACAACCAACCCGAAGCUUGCCUUAUUCGAGGCCAUGCAGUGAUAGAGAAACGUAGGACAUGUAAAGCUCUCUAUUUCAUGGGCAAUACUGCGGCUACAAUACUGUGUAUGCCGAUCACAAUCGACCACAUCAGGAAUACUUCUGUUGAUGGUAUUGUGAAUGGGGUGGACGUCAGGACUUUUAUCGAUGAUUUCAGCAGCCAAGCUAAGAGUCAGAUCACCUUGGCAGGCAUCUCUGUGGCCAUGGACAUUGCCAUAUUUGCCAUUCCAGGUCUAGGCACAACAGUAACCUCACAGACACUUUGCUCCUGCUCUUUACUUUUGGGUGUUGGCUGCAUUUUCACUGCUACAAUGGUGCAACACUUUGACAAGAAAAUGAGAUCCAUUGACUUCAUGGUAUAUUACCUACAAAAGAAGACAAUGAUAUACUUCCCUCUGUCCAAGUGCCCAUCCAGUCCAUCCAUUCCAGCUCCCAUCGCUCCAGCAUCUCCUGUCACUGCUCCCCAGCCUCUCAGACAGUCAAAGACUACCUCUAAGCACCCAGCAGCACCCUCCUAUUACAAUCCUCCUCAUUCAGAUGACUCUGACUCUCAUUCUAACUCUGACUAUGAUGAAUCUAGUUCUGAUGAGUCACUGGAUCAAGGGGGAGAUGUGGUCCCUCCAGCAGUUCCUGAUGUCCCUCCUGUCGUCCCUAUUCCUGAUCCAGUCACUCCUCCACCUGCAGCUCAUCCCAAUCCACCUCCUAGGCCACCACCGUCUCCCAUAGGCAUUGGUGCCAGACUCCCUCAACGCAAUAGGCAACCUCCCAGAGACUGGUGGAAGCUCUCUCCAGCUCAGCUAACUGAUGUUGUUGAUGAUGAGACUGAGGAUGCUGACUUUACUCAAGGAUUUGAGCUUGCCGCGUCUACCAGCUGUUCCACCGAGCCAUUGUCUUAUAGGGAGGCAUUGACUCGAGUUGAUGCAGAGCAGUGGAACCAAGCAGCUCUUGAAGAACUCAAUGCUUAUCUUCUACUCUGGACUUGUCUGAAGUAG